GUCUUUCUUUCCUGACAUAAUCUCUUUCCAUUCUUCACAGGUUCUUCUCAUCAGCACCAGUGGGGUUACCAUGAUCAGGAGCGAUGGCCAUCUGCGUUUGAGCACUGCAGGGGGAAGUCUCAGUCUCCAGUCAACAUAGACACUCAUAAGGUUUUCUAUGAGCCCAGACUCCCUGCCAUUCAGCUGGAGGGUUAUGAUCUCACCGGCUCGCCCGCUCUCACACUCAUCAACAACGGACACACACUGCAGCUGAGCCUGCCGAGCAGCAUGCGCAUCGUGACGGGCUUUGAGCAUGUGUACGUCGCAGCCCAGCUUCACUUUCACUGGGGAACUACAGCAGUCCCUGGCUCAGAGCACACCGUGGAUAACAUACACUUCCCGGCUGAGAUCCACGUGGUUCAUUAUAACUCCAAAUAUGCAAAUCUGAUUGAGGCUGCUAGUAAAGCUGAUGGAUUGGCAGUGUUAGGAGGAUUCAUAGGUAUUGGCCUGCAUGAAAAUGACAACUAUGAAAAGAUCCUGUCUGCUUUAACAGACAUCAGCAUAGAGGAGUCAAACACUGAGAUUCCUGGUUUUAAUGUGCGCCAUCUUCUGCCAAACAGCCUGGAGGGGUUUUACAGGUACGCCGGGUCCCUGACGACCCCUCCCUGCUUUCAGACGGUCAGCUGGACUCUGUUCAAUGACUCGAUCAGAGUGUCAAGAAGACAGCUAGCGGCAUUGGAGGACUCGCUGAAGACUGAACACAACAAGCUUCUGUCCAGAAACUUCAGAGCGCCACAACUCCUGCACGGGAGAAAAGUGCUGGCAUCUUUCCACACCGCAUCCACUACGGGAAAAGCCGGAGAAGCUCCACGGCCUGAAACACACGACAACAGUGUAAUGAAAACUAGUGGAGCUGAAUGGCACGUUCUGGCCAUUACGUUUGGCGUUCUCUUCGCCGUCACAUUGCUGGUCUUCUCCGUGUACACAUAUCGACAGCAGAAAAAGUACUCAAAGUUUAAAAAAGACUCCAAGCAAAAUGUUAUUUAUAAACCAGCUGCCAAAGACGCAGAUCCAACCUCUGUUACUGUAACAUGAGCCACGGUUAUUCUGAAACUGUUGUGUCUUGUUUGUUUGUUUGUUGAGGAAUGAGUCUUGAAAGUGAGAUUUUGGAAUGAAUUUUCCAAACAAAAUAUGGUUUGCAAACUAGUAGAAGCGUUUGUCUGUGAUCAAUCUUAUAACUAUGUUGUAUCGUUGUAUGUUCUGGUAUGUUGUAGCUAUGUCACUAUAUGUGUC